UUAAAGUGUUUGUAUUUAUUAAAAUUAUUAUAUUAAUAGUUUAUCCUUCAUUUUAUAUUAAGAAUAAUCAAUCUAAUGAUUUAUAUCACUAUUCGAUUCUGAAACUGAUUCUAGUUUAACCAAAAAAAAACCAACUAAUAAGUAUUAAAAUAUAAAAACAAGAAGAAAUCAUAUAAGAAGAACAGAAAAAACAUCUAAAUAGACUCCAAAUAAUAAAAAAAUGUAUUCCUAAAUUGAAGAAAAAAAAGGUCUUUUUACAAUAAAAGAAUAACUACUUAUAUGUAAAUAAAUAAAUUUUAUAAGGAAAUAUUAAUAGACAAAUAUAAUGAAUUUAAUAUAUUCGAUCAUAAAUAGACACUAAAAGCCUAAUGUUUUAAAUAAGUGAAGGAAUUAAAUGGCUAAACAAACUCCAAAAAAAUAAAAAAAUGCAUAAUAAAUCUCUAUAUUAUUAUGCUAAUACA